ACUAAGCUACAAGCUAUUGAAGCAGGAGACAUAGACUUCUCAUUGUGUUUUCCAGUAACAUAUGGUCCACAGAAGGAAUCUGAUCCGAGGGCUGGGGAUCCUCAAUGGACUCCUGUUCCCUACAAACUCAUAAAAGAGCUAAAAAUGGCAUGUUCAGCUUAUGGAGUCAGUGCUCCUUAUACCUUAGCAUUAGUGGAUUCUCUUACAGACUAUUGGAUGACUCCUUUUGAUUGGACUCAGAUAGCUAAGAGUUGUCUUUCUGGUGGUCAAUACUUGUUAUGGAAAGCAGAAUAGAAAGAGCAAAUCAAACUUUAAAAACAUUUAUAUCUAGAUUGCAAGCCUCUGACUUCAAGUAUAACUCUCCUCACCACAUUCUUACUCAUGCUCUAUUUGUUCUUAAUUAUGUUAAUCUAGGACAUGAUGAUCUUAAUAAUAUGCAACGACACUGGGAACCAAGAAAUACUGUCAAACCUACAGUAAUGUGGAAAGACCUUUUAUCUGGUAAAUGGAAAGGGCCUGACAUUUUGCUUACUUCUGGCAGGGGAUAUGCUUGUGUCUUUCCUAAGGAAGCUGAUUCUCCACUUUGGUUACCAGAUAGGCAUAUUAAAUGUGUAAAUUCCUUUCCCAGUAAAGUACCUGUAACCACUAGAAAUGAACAAGAGCAGGAAACGGCGCAAUUGUGACAAACCUCCUGUUGCAGAAUUUAAAAGGCUCUCACUGGAGAAACCUGAUCUUUUUCGCCUCAAGACAGCGGCCACCUUGGCUGCCCCCCCUCCAACAUGGGGACAGCUUAAGAAGUUGGCUGCUCAGGCUGAACACUUGGUUUUAAGCCAAGGCUGCACACUCAGUCCUUCUGUUUUGUUCGUUGCUAUGCUAUCAAUCCUCGCGUGUCAAGUAAGUACCUGUAGUGCAGAACAAUUCUGGGCUUUCUUUCCUAAUCCUCCUCACUUUCAUCCAGUAACCUGGGAUGAUAAUACUACACAUUUUAUUGUUAAUAAUACUGCUAUUAUGGAAGGUCCAAAAAUCGUAUACUCUGAUUCUCAUACUACUCCAACUAUUAAUUAUAAUUAUACCUACUUGGGAACUUCGCCUUCUAUGCCUAUUUGUUUUUCUAUCCCUACUGUUUGGCCAUACUCCCAAAACUUUCCACAAUGUGUCGGACUCCAAACCACAGGUAUAAUUUUUGACCAUCCACCACCAUCUAAAUUUGAAUCAUCAUCUACGAGAGGUAAGCAAAGUCAAUCGGAAGAGAGGCAUUUACAAAUGGUUCGCCUUAUAGCACCGGGGAUUGAAGCAACUCCGUCUUCUUCAAAGUCCUCGCCCGAAGUCUCCAAAAGCUAACUGCUGAAGUUCAACUGCUUGCUUUAAAAAAUAAAAAAGGGGGAAAUGAAGGAACCAGCCGAAUGAAGUCUCAUUCUGCGCUGCCAUGAGGACAAAGGUCCUCUCUCGGGAAUCACUGCAAGGCAGUGACCCGUCGCCAAACCGCCUGCUGCUAGUUUUGCUUUUACUCUCUAUUCUCCUUUUCACCUAUGGGGAAGCCUGGAAACUGGAGACAUAUGUAAAAUAUUUACUAGAUCCUAAUGAUAGGAUGUGUAUGUGUAGUGAUUGGGGUCCUUAUACUAAUUAUGGGAUGAGGGGACUUUGCCAGAGGAAAUUGAAAGGGGGUUUUCAAUCACCUUGUAUUGGGUUCAUUUAUAAUCAGAAAUAUUAUUCUGUAAGUCAUCUUACUAGUACUAGAUAUACUGCUUGGAAAGUUCCUUGGAAAUUAGUCAAAGAUAUGUUUGGAUGUUGCCCCUGGCAAUGUAUUGUGUUCUAAGUUUAUGACUAAUCCUAAAGGUUGCCAUUGUGAAGUGUACAAUGGAUUAGAAGACGACCUGUACCCUAAUAUGAACACAACAACAUUGUAAAGCUUCUUAGAAAAGUUAUCAUGACCCUGAGAACCUGGUGAACCUUACACGAGAAUUGUAAUAAGAUAAAUGACCCUGUUUGUGACAUUGUUAAAGAUUUCUUUUCAUUGUAUCCACCUUAUGUAAAUUGAGGAAAUAACCUUUGCGGAACUUUCUGUGAACUUUGUACCUUCUCCUUUCCCUGCUAAUAAUCAUGUUGUAUAAUCAUGUGAGACUAUAUAUGUCGGUGCACACAUGCCUGUCGAUGCCUAUCAUGUAGAAUUAGUUAUCCCCCACCUGUUAAGACUCCGGUCCCCAAGUGAUAAAUAACUCCUUCGCUACCUACAAUAAAAGCUGAUGUGCAGAAA